CGCCCCGCCGCUUCCCCUUCCUGUGCCGCGGCCGCGACGCCUCUUUCGCCGCCGCGGCGAGCGGGACCCGGUCCCGGGGCCGGCGGCAUGGGCGACAAGGCGGCUCCGCGCCGGCUGCGCCACGUGGCCUCGUGCAGGUUAGAGGAUAAGAAGAAGUUGUCUGUUUCUAAAGCCUAUGUCCUUCAGCCUUGGAUUUUGAAGCUCUUGUUGAAAUAUGAAGAGCUAGAAGUCAGUGAUGAUCCCGUGGCUGGGCAGGUCCUGAAAGUUUUGAGUGACUCAGCAACUGCAGACCAAGAUGAGGAGUGCACAGCUGCUGUUCUGCAUGUCUCAGAUGGGUCCUUCUACAUCCGGGCGAUCAUGACCAUGGAAGCUGUGCAGAACAUAGAAAGUGCCCAAGUCCAGAUCAGGUUCUCCAGCCUCGUUGGCAGAAUUCUCAUCUUACAACAAUACAGUGCGCGCUUCCAGGAAGAGAUCAAAGUGGAGGAUUGUGCGUUCUACGUGCAAGUCCACCGUUUCGUCUUGUUGCCCAUGGAGAGGCAGAGGGCAGCUACGCUGGACUGUCAUCAGGAACCCUCAGUUCUGCAGAAGAUAAAGGCACUGUGGCAGAGAAGCAUCUUCCAGAGGUUUGAGUGCUCAGAGCCAACUCUUACUCAGUUAAUUGAUGAAAUAGCACAGGACCGGCUUCAAGUUUUAAAGGAAAACACUAAGGAUUGCUUGGAAUUACUGGACCCAAAUGAGCUGCCCGCCACUGGGGAGACUAAAGCACUUCCCAUCACCACGUGGGAGGCUGAACGCAAGAGAGCAAAGAUGAGCAAUGAUAUCUUCACGGUCUCAGCAAGCUACUUGGUGAUCUGUCCUGAGGAGGAAGCAGGGAUGAGCCGUGCUUGCCCAUCAGGAGCUUCCCAAGACAUUCCUGAGAGCAGCAGCAAUGACAGGGACCUAGAUGACCAGAGCAUAGUAGCAUAUCCCACUGUGACAGAAUUUGGGGUGACAUCCCCAAGUAUGGAGACAUCCCCGGAUAAUCCGUGGAACAGGCUUCAAUCAGUGUCCCUUACUCUGACCUCCUCUUUUGAAGAAAAGUCCAUUAAUCAGCCCAGUCCGCCCAAAAUGCAAGAGACUGAGCUAGCCAGGUUUGCAGAGGGGGGGCCUGAUGUGCUGCCUGACAGCAACACUCCUGAUUUGGAACCUGAAAGCCAGAAGUCCCGUUAUAGCCCAUUGCAGGAUGAAUCAGCUGAGAUUCUGAUUCCUUUGCUGCUGUCAUCUCCCAGAGGAACUUGCCUCACAGAGUCUGCCAGUCAAAGGCCAGAUGUCAUAUUUCAGGCCGCACCAGAUGCAGCAAAGAAUUUCUGCUUUUCUCCAGCUUCUCCCAUUGUAGGCAGCAGCAGCAGCAGCAGCAGACCAGAUGUGUUUGGGUCCUCUGCAAAUGGGACUUUUAAAGAACAGGCUGAUUCCAGUUGUACGGUUUCCCCUUCAAGCACAAAGAACUCAACCAGUCCUGUAUGUAGCAGUAAGUACAGGAGGAAGGUUGGUAAAAAUGGCUGGGACACAAAGCACUCAGGGGUCAAGAGAAAGCUGCUGGUGGGAGACGAGGAGGACCACAGCAAGACCCACAAGAGAGCCCAGAACAAACUUGCUCACACAGAUGAUCCCAAGGCCAGCGAGAGCAGUGUGGCCAGAAAAGGAGUGAGACACAGACCGAGACUGGAGUUUGUAAAUGCGGAGAGAGCCAAGAAGAGCCGGAUGGAGGAGGCUGUGCCAGUUCCAGAGCCUCCCUGCCCCUGGGACAUUGAGGAAAUUCCAGAACAGAACAAAUGGGCAUCAGCAGCGAAUGAGGAGGAGUCCUGGCCAGACCAGGACAAAGUCCAGUAUCAGAAGUUCAAGCAGGAAGUCCCAUCUCAGUACAAAUACAAGGCACCAACCCCUGAUCUCUGCAACAGAUUGAAGUCUGUAAGGAUCUCGAAAACAAUGCUAAAAUGGGCUUGUUGGAUCCUCACUGAAGAAGAGUUGCAGUCCUGAGCAAAGUAGAGUGGCAUUGGGGUGUGCAGUCAGAGGUUCUUCUGUGUACAGUACUGGUUUACUCAAUCAAAGCAAACUGCAGUUACGGUAGUGGUCUAUCCAGAGUGAAUGCUCUGGGCAGUCAUGGUACAAAGGAAGACAUAAAUCAUUUUAUACUCUGGUUCCCCAACCUGGUGGGGGUACUCUUGGGGCUUCUUUAAACACAACAUGUAGCAUGUGUCAGGAGUCCCUUCUUGGUGUUUUUCAGUAAACGUUAGCAACAUCAGACCUGAGGUACAACACGAAGGUAACAUGUUUGACCCCUUGCUGCCAGAUGCUUGUGUAUGGCUGUGAUGGGCAUCUGGAAACUAGCUGGAACAGGAAGUAGGAAAACAAACAUUGAGCUGGGUGUAGAAGUUUUUCCCCUAUUGGGAGUAGCAUCCUCUGUUGUAGCUGAGGCUACAGGAACACUUGAAAAACAUCACAAUAGUAGUUUUUGUUUCAUAGCAGUGUCCCCUGCAAAUCUGAAGUUUGUUUUUUUAAGGGUUAUUUGGAUUAGUUUCCUGCUCCACAAGUUACAAAAUAUUUUGCACAACUUACGUUUUGGAAACUAAAAAUAAAAGCCUAUUUUUAAAUACACAGUUUGCAUUCCCUUUCAUCACCAUCAGGUUCACAACUCCCCUGAUCAUAUUUUGUGGGCAAAGCCAAGGGAAUAAUGAUAAUCUAAAUUAAUAAAUAUGGUAUUCUGGAUUUAAAAAGAAAAACCUGCCUAUUUUGGUGGUGCUACUGUCUGUAUGUAGAAAGAACCACAAGUAUAUGGAAACAAUUGCAUGCAUGUGAAAUGGAUCUAGGACCAUGCAAAACUGUGUUCCUGAAGAUGUGGUCCUGUGUAUUUUGUGAUUGCAUAAUGAUUCCCUCUCAUUAAAACAAAACAACAGUGACAAAUGUAA